GGGUUCUAGGCAGCCUAGGCUGGCCUUACCAUAGUGACCUCACUUCCUGAACCUUCCAAGUGUCCAUUUUGGCCAUUCAAAGCUAAGUACAGGGAUGGGAACUAAAUGAGACACCCCCCCACACACACACACCUCCCACUUUGAAAAGUGUGGAUCAUUAGUUGCUACCUCAGUGAGAACAUUUUAGAAUGCUGGGGUCAUGGGAUGUGAAGACGUGGAAUGGGUAUGUAGAUGGUUCUGUUGGAAUGUUCCUGCACCUUGGGGUUCCAGGGGGAGCACCUGUAAGUGAAACCACUGGAGUGCUUUCAGAGCAGAGAUGAGAGGGAGUCAUUAAACAUAAACUAGACAUCUGUGAUGUCCCCAAGGAUGAACUGGACACCUGGGGGAUGGGGGGAAGUGUCUUGGAAAGACAUGGAGACAGAUGUUUAUUUCUCUGAGACAAUAGUAAGAAUUCACAUGAGUAUUUGUGGAAAAGAUGUGGAACAAGUUAUUCCUGCCGGGUCACAUCUCUUCUCUAGGACAGAGGAUUGCACUGUCUGUCAGUGGUGGGAGGGGACAUUGGGAAAGUGCUAGGAGCAGAUGAAGGCUGUGGGUAGCAGCCUUAGCAGAGACCAUUGUGAGCAUGGUGGAGCUGCCAGGCAAGAGGGAGAGCCCACAGCCAGGAUGUCUGGUCUUCUGUGUUUCUCUCUCCUAGGAACGGAAAUGGGUAGGAACAUCUGGAAGAGUAGGAGAAGACACAGGCGAGGCCGCCACCAGAGCCCUGCCUCAGGGCAGUGUGAUUCCAGUCAGAGGUUCACCACAGAGGCAUCUCAGAGCUCACAAGAUUCUGGACACCAUGAUGCUGAGUCCCCGUCAACCUUGUCCAGCAGAACUGGAGAGUCUUCAGUGCCAGAACUUCCAGGUUUUUACUUUGACCCUGAAAAGAACCGAUACUUCCGUUUGCUCCCGGGUCACAACAACUGUAACCCCCUCACAAAGGAGGGCAUCCAGCACAAGGAGAUGGAGAGCAGGAGGCUGCAGCUGCUGCAGCAAGAGGACACGCAGACAAAGAAAAUUGCCAGAGUGGGAUUUAAUGCAUCUUCCAUCCUACGAAAAAACCAGCUGGGUUUUCUCAACUUCUCCAGUUAUUGCCGUUUAUCCCAUGAGCUGCGGGUGAGCUGCAUGGAGAGGAAAAAGGUAGAGAUUCAGAGCUCAGACCCUUCUGCUCUGGCAAGUGACCGGUUUAACUUCAUCAUGGCAGACACUACCAGUGACCGCCUCUUCACAGUGAAUGACGUCAACAUCGGAGGCUCCAAGUACAGCAUCAUCAACCUGCGGGGUCUCAAGGCCCCCACGUUCGAGGUGCACAUGCAUGAAAACCUGUACUUUACCAACAGGAAGGUGAACUCUGUGUGCUGGGCCUCACUCAAUCACUUGGACUCCCACAUACUGCUGUGCCUCAUGGGCCUUGCAGAGACGCCAGGCUGUGCCACCUUGCUCCCCGCAUCACUGUUUGUCAGUAACCACCAAGGUACAGACCAGCCUGGCAUGCUCUGCAGUUUCCGGAUCCCUGGGGCCUGGUCCUGUGCCUGGUCCUUGAACGUCCAGGCAAAUAACUGCUUCAGUACAGGUUUGUCUCGGAGGGUCCUGUUAACCAACGUGGUGACAGGACACCGGCAGUCAUACAGGAUCAACAGUGAUGUCUUGGCCCAGCAGUUUGCAGUCAAGACUCCCUUGCUGUUUAAUGGUUGUCGUUCUGGGGAGAUCUUUGCCAUUGACCUGCGUUCUCCAAGUCAAGCCAAGGGCUGGAAGGCUACCCAAAUUUUCCAUGACUCAGCAGUGACCUCUGUGCAGGUCUUCAAGGAGGAGCAAUACCUGAUGGCGUCAGACAUGGCUGGAAAGAUCAAGCUGUGGGACCUGAGGGCCACUAAAUGCGUGAGACAGUAUGAAGGUCAUGUGAAUGAGCACGCCUACCUGCCGCUGCAUAUGCACGAGGAGGAAGGGAUCCUGGUGGCAGUGGGCCAAGACUGCUACACACGGAUCUGGAGCCUCCAGGAUGCCCACCUGCUCAGAACCAUACCCUCCCCAUGCCCAACCUCCAAGGCCAACAUUCCCAGUGUGGCCUUCUCUCCCCGGCUUGGGGGCACCCGGGGCGCCCCAGGGCUGCUCAUGGCCGUCCAGCAGGACCUGUACUGUUUUUCCUACAGCUCAUCCUAUCCAGACAGACAGGAGGAGGGCAGGUGGGAGCUCCCUUCUGUUUCGAAUAAGGACAUUUUAUAAAUGGUGCUUGCUGUAUUCAGAUGGAGUCCUUAAGUGGAAUGCAAAGCGACUGACAUGGGGGACUCGAGAGAUGGCUCAGUGGUUAAGCACUGGCUGCUCUUCCGGAGGACCCAGGUUCAAUUCCCAUCAAUCAAAUGGCACCUCACAACCAUCUCAAACUCCAGUUCCAGAGAAUCCAGCACCCUCUCUGGCCUCCUUGACCCCAAGCAUGCAUGGGAUAUGGACAGAACAUGCAGGCAAAACACCCAUACACAUAAAAUAAGAAAAUACAUUUUUUCCAAUUUUCUAAUUUUGCCAAAGUAUAUUAUGUGGAGUAAUGUCAAUUAAGGCUCAGAGCAUGAACAGCCUCAUCAUAAAAGGUAUGCCUAUUGAGUUCCAUAGGCAUCUCCUUCAUUAGCAAAGUAGGCUCUGGACUGAAGACAGGCAAAGCAGAAUGAAAGCUGCAGCUUUCACCAGGGACUGCCUGGCAGGGAGAUCACCCGAGCACCGCAGGCCAGGAAGAGCUCGAAUGCCCAGGAAAAAGGCAGCUGGGGUGCAGAGGGCAAAGCAAGCCACGGCUUUGUUUCUGUGGACUCAGGACCAGGUUUGACACCAUUAUAUGUGGCCUUCUCAAACAGCAGCAAGAGGUCCCAGAUUUUCUUGUUACCAUGCAUGGGUGGGAAGAUGGAUCUUUGCAGGUGCUGUGGCUCCAAACAGCCCUGAGCGUGCCUUUCUCAGCAUCUCCCAGGCUGGACGAGGCAGCAGCAGCUUUUGGCUUGCCAGUUCUACCCAAGGUCAAAGAAAUUGGCUUUGACUUUUUAUAAUCUUAAGAGUGGCAGUCUAUGAAAUAUUUAUAGUGUUAAAAAUCUAGGCUGGAAAGAUGGCUCCACACUUAAGAGCAUUGGCUCGCUUGCUCUUCCAGAGUUAAAUUCCCAGCAACCACAUGGUGGCUCACAACCAUCUGUAAUGAGAUCU